AUGCCUGGCCUGCUCCCUGGAGAGGCAGAGCUUAAGUUGCAGCAGGAGGGGCAGGAGCUCAAGGAGCCGCUGGCCGGCCAGCCCCGCCUGGCACGCGGGCUGUGUCGCCGGCUGUGUCGCUGUCAGGAUUUGUCUAGCGCCGCAUUCCGUCACAGGGGUGUGUUGGGGGGAGUCCUCUUUCCGACUGUCAGAAUGGUUAUCAAAGUGUUUGUUGCCACAUCUUCCGGGUCCAUAGCGAUUAGGAAAAAACAGCAGGAAGUAGUGGGCUUUUUGGAAGCUAAUAAAAUCGACUUUAAGGAAUUAGAUAUAGCUGGAGAUGAAGACAACAGGAAGUGGAUGAGAGAGAAUGUUCCUGGAGAGAAGAAACCUCAAAACGGGAUUCCUUUGCCACCUCAGAUCUUCAACGAAGAGCAUUAUUGUGGGGAUUUUGACUCUUUCUUCUCUGCAAAAGAAGAGAAUAUUAUUUAUUCAUUCCUUGGCUUGGCUCCCCCUCCAGGCUCAAAGGUAUCAAAGACGCCUGAGGAAGAAUCUUCCCUUCCCAAUGGCGACGUUGUGGGAGAGGCACAGAGCACCACAGAGGGAGCAGAGAAGGCUGAGGAAAGCGGAGAAAACGAGGCACAAGAGGGCGAGGAGGACGCGGGCGACCCUGCCGAAGCCGGAGAGGAGACGAUGGGAGAAGUAACCGAGGAGGGAGCAGAAGGGGAGGCAGAGGAAGAGGAAGCUGAAAAAGGAGAAGAAGAACCAGGAGAAGAAGGCGAAGACUCUUAGGCCUUUUCAUGCUUUGUUUCUUCAACUUUUCCAGAAAACCCGUCGUGAAGCAACAUGUCAACCGUCUCCCCACAAACCAAACUCAACAAGCGCUUUGGCCUGAAGCUCGCCCACCUGUCAGUACCUCUGGGGCUCGCCGAGGACUUGAGCUACCUGACGUGGCUGGGUGUACGCGGGGCUCUCCUCACCACAUCAACGUGAUUCAGUGUCAAGACUGCAGCAUACCUGCAGGGGCCUAACAUUUUUGGCCUUCGCUUAAUUUUUUUCUUUUCCUUUGUGCUCUGUGUGAAUAGACCUUCUUACUAAUACCCUGAAAAAAAAAGGAUUUCAAAAUAUAGAACGUCCCUCUGUGCUUUGACAAAGCAACUCUGUGCCUUGUGCUACUUGUCUCAGAAUUGGCGUUUGCAAUAAAGAGCUUUCCAGAGAACAAGUACCAAUAAAGAUUAAUAGCAAAGA